AUGAGUGAAGAUAUACAAACAAAUUUAGAGUAUUACGAUAAGGAAAUGUUUCAGGAUAAAAUAACUGAUACUUCAGAUACUAAUGUUGUUGAUUCUUUUAGCCAAGUUUUGGAAUCAUCUCUAAGUAAUAUCCCCACAGUAAAUCAAUUAAAAAAGCCAAAAAAGCAUAGAUUAUCAGUUUGGCUGCACUUUAAUACAGAAACUGCCAAGUAUUUUGGGAAACUAGUUUGUCGUAAAUGUGAACAAGUAUAUAAGAGUUCUACUGGAGUUUCUACACUAAGAAAGCAUCUUGAAAAUCAUCAAAUACAAGCACCAAAAAAAAAGCAAGCUACACUUCAAAUUUAUCGUAAAGAUCCUUAUAAUGAACAAGAGCAACAAAAAAGAGAUGAGAAACAUACAGAUGUUAAUAUAUCAGAGGCUAUUAGUUUCAUUCUUAAUAAAUUUAAAUUAAAUAAUAAAAUAAUGGCACUCACUACAGAUAAUGAAUCUGCUGUGGUAGUAUGUAGUCGUUUGUUAGCAAAAGAACUAGAAAAUAAAUUUAAUAAUAUUGGGUUCUCUCACUAUAAAUGCGCAAUACAUGUCUUGAACUUAGUAGCAAAACAAGAAUUAAUAAUGGCUGGCUUAGCAGUAAAUAAAAUGCGUCAAUUAAUGGCAAAAAUUAAAGCAUCAGUUUGUCUCUGUGAUGAAUUACGUGCAUUAUGUGAUCUUAAAGGAAUUAAAUAUCUUAAAGCAAAGCCUGAUAUAGAAAUAAGAUGGAACAGUACCUACUACAUGCUACAAAAAUUUAAAAAUAUGGAGUUAGCCUUGAAUCUUCUUAGCGUUAAUAAUAACUCGAUUUCUGAAUUGUACUCUAAUUAUGACGAUCAACAAAAAUUACAA